AUGCGCGGAUAUCUCUUGCUCUCUGCCCUAAUCGGCCUUGUUGCUGCCCAGCUCUCCCUCAACGACGUGGAUGUGACUACUGAUUUCGCCCUGGAUAUUCCCGCCGCUCAGAGAGCCAAGUUCGAUACUGAAACAGUCGCCAACUUGUCCGAGAUCGAAAAAGACAUCAUUAACGAAACCAAGUCGAUCUGGUCCUGGAUUCGCCAAGUCAUCGCCUCGCCGAUGUCCAUCGGUGAUUACGCUUGUCUCACUAUGAAGGCAAAGUGUGGCAAGACGCUCCUGAGGCAGACCAUUCAAAUUGGUUACUGCGAGCCGCUUGGGACGGACAUGUAA